AGCGAUGAAGAGGGAGACAGUGACAUUAUAAGUGCCAGCCGACAGAGUACAAUAAGAGACAACACGUGUAACUCAAGCAUCACUCAGAAGACAACUCGUUCAAAGGUCCUCGCUCGAAGUUCAACUCAUCUUGCAGAUGAUGUGCAGUACAAGGUCACAACACAGACUAUAAACAGCAAUCAAUCAACAACACAA